UUGCUUUGUCCAGAGCUGUUUGGGUUCAGUAAGAGAGCAGACUGACUGGGGGUCGACAAAUAACACCCAGCUCUAUUCCCUGGCUUUAGUUUUGGAGCAAGUUGCGUUUGAAGCAGCUGUACUGUAUAUUUAGUGUCUUAUAGCGGCGUAGUAACAUCGACAGACAUGCCAUCCGACAGACCUUUCAAACAAAGAAGGACAUUUGCUGACCGAUGCAAAGAGGUCCAGCAGAUCCGUGAGCAGCACCCCAACAAGAUCCCUGUGAUUAUUGAGAGGUAUAAGGGAGAGAAGCAGCUCCCUGUUCUGGACAAGACCAAGUUCCUGGUACCUGACCAUGUCAACAUGAGUGAGCUGGUCAAGAUCAUCAGGCGUCGUCUGCAGCUGAACCCCACGCAGGCCUUCUUCCUGCUGGUCAACCAGCACAGCAUGGUGUCAGUGUCCACGGCCAUCUCAGAGAUCUACGAGCAGGAGAGGGAUGAGGACGGCUUCCUCUACAUGGUGUACGCCUCGCAGGAGACCUUUGGCUGCUAGAGGGAGGGGGGGGCUGGAGGAGGAGAGAGUGGAGGACGGGGAGGCAGGACAUCUUCAGGUGCUAGGAGAGGAGAGGAGAGGAGAGGGGGAGCUCCAGGGGAAAGGGGGGGUAUUUGGCGACAGAGGAAGGAGUUAAGAAUCACAGAACCAAUCUUUUCCCCCUCUAAUCCCUAAGCUAGAAGCCACCAGACACCAGGGCCUCUCCGCUUCAUUGCCUGUCAGAAACAUAAGUCUACGUGACAGAUACCAACUCUCCCCAUAUCCCCCUCUCUUUCUCUCUCUCCCUCUCUUUGUUGCAGCCGAGCGCCUUCCUCAUAUCGGUCAGUACAUACACUAGCUACAAACACCAGAGGACAUGUCAUGUGUUUUCCCCGCCUCACAGGUAGAGUUGUGUUUCGGUAACAGAACUCCGAUGGUUCUGGGUCUAAUUCUGUCCUUUCUUGUUCCUUUGGUCCCACUUACAGCUGUGCUCUCUGAUCUGAGGGGGUACACAAACCAACCAGUGACCUUGGAAGCUGGCUGUAAACAUUCAUUAUAGCACUAUUGAUACAGUUUUUUGUCUGCCCCCACAAAAAGGCAAAGAAAAAAGGCAAACCUUAAAACCAGUCAGCUGCUUGCGAGGCAGACAUUGGAGUUGACGAUGUAAUUUGAAGCUUGGCUGAUAGAGUCACUGAUACUGCUUGGUAUUAUACCCUCCGAUAUGUACGCAGAUGGAAACACGGCACAGUUAGCUUCAUAACUAUCCAGUAAACUGUUGUGCUCAUCAGUCAUCAUCACGGCAACAACGGACGUGCAAGCUACAAGAUAUUGUUAGUGACUGUUCUACCUUUUUGAUUCUAUUUUUUUAACUCACGUUUUUGUUUUUAUAAUUAUUGUCUUUUUGUUUGAGGUAUUAGACGUAGUUUAGUUUGUGUCAUAUAUCUGGUUUUGUUUAAUAGUGCAUUUUUUUCUAGUUAGCCUGAUUCUCACCUAGCCAACUCACUGCUGGCUACCACUGAGCUGACAAUCGGGCUGAAAAAAUACUGUAAUCACGGUACACAUUAUUUACAGUAAUCUCACGUGCAAUACUCUAUCCCCCGUGAUGCUCUUGCAGAUUCCCACACCAUGAAAGACACUACACAGAGGAGCUGUAGCAGUGUUAGCUAGCGCUAUUCAUCGUAUGUCAUCUGUCCUAACAUUGCCUUGCCAGACACUUCACUCUCUUCCUUGAUAACAGCUACUGUAGCUACUAAUAGUGCUCAGUCAAGGAGGGAAAGUUAGCUUAGCACCCGUAGCCACGUACUGCUGAGUUUGGCCCUCGGCCGGCAAGUCAGCAGCACACUCACAGCCAUCGCCGAGAGGUUGAAUUCUGCUAGUCGUGCCCUGCUUCAGCCUCAGCGGCCACUUUUCAGGCCACUGCCAUGUUUGUGUGUCUUUGUCCUGUAAGCACAGUACAUCUGUAGAAUCACCAGUUCACCUGUCAGUCCUCCUGCUCAAGGCUCUCCCACAUUCACUCCUUCAUACAUCUUAUUGUCUCAUUAACCAAUCAAUCAGGUGAAGCAGAUUAAAGGGAUACUUCACCCAUUUUGGAAAAUGUGAUAUAACUUCACUUCCACCUCUUGCUGUUCUGUAGGACAGUAGUGCUGCUAUCUUCCUGUCAUUGUUGCUGAGUGCUGGAUACUGGAUGGAUGCUCCAAAUGCUAACUGUUAGCCUCCUGGAGCAUCCAGUCAGUAUCCAGCACUCAUAUAGCACCACUACUGUCCUACAGAACAGCUAGGAGGGAAGUGAAAAAAAAAACUAUUUUUCGAAAUGGUUGAACUAUCCCUUUAAAGACGUAUCCAGUAGAUUUUAGGCAGCCAUGUUUGAGUGGUGACAUCGGGGAAGCAGGGCUUCCAAGUUAAAUGCUUCUUGUCCUUGUUUGCAAGAAAGGUGGUAUGUUCAAAACACGCCGCUCCCCUGAAGGACUAAAUCCACCUGUUCCUCUGAAACAAAAUCAAAAUGCAAGUCCAGCAAACAAGGGAAACAUUGGGCAGUAAGCAUUUACCUUGAAACCGAGUGCUCUCGUUUAGCAGGAAAUGAGGGGACAUUGAUGCCACAGGAUGUAAACACAGGGUUACAAGCAGAGGCACAUUUGGGUGGCGCGGUUAAAAGCCUAAAAUAUCCUGUUUUGUAUUUUGAGCAAAGGUGAUGCAGCCUGCUCUUGGCAGUAAUGGAAACCAGUCAGGAUAUCAAAUCGCAGUAAUGCUUUUCACCCUGAGGUGGGUAAAAUAAGCCGCUGCACUUGAGUUGUAUCCCCAGUGUGAGACUCCUGUGAGGGCGAUGUGCCCCUCCCUGCCCCAUGUCGGAGAGCUUGUAAGAUUGCAGCGUGUGUUGUUUUGGUAGUAUCCAGUUGAGCAUUAGGGAUAUAUAUACAUUAAAAAAAGGUAUUUAAUGUAGGAAAUGAAUGAGCUUCUUUUGCACAUAUAUUAAAUUAAUACAAAUAUUAAAAACAAACCUUGGCAUUGAAUUUUUUUAGGAAUUUAAUUACUGUAUCUAUAUAACAUAAUUAUUCUUUUUCUAUCUGCUCCACUCUUCUCUAGGGCACUGCUCUGUAUCUGUAUGUUUGCCUGUCUGCCUUUGUUUAAAAAGACUUUCUAGAUACAAAAAAAGGUUGUGAUGCACUACCUUGCAUGUUUCUUUCUUGACAUUUUCUUUUUUUAUAAAUGUAUAUUGAUUUUAUGCAAUAGGUAUAAUUGUUUUAUUUAAAAAUGUAAGAAAAAAAUGUCUUUUUAGAUGUUUCCAAAACCAAAAACUGAAAAUAUGUAUGUUUGCAACAACAACAAAAAAAAAUGUGUGCGUAUAAACGAUCAUUUAAUCAAUCCUUACUAAAAAGUGUGUUUUCUUUAGGCUUUCUGACAUUGUCACUAUUUGGAGGGGUGUACAUAGAUGCAUUGCUACAACUUUAUUUCCAGCAUUUGCCAAUAAAAAAAUGUUGCCUUGAAAACA